CUGUUACGUGACUUGUUUAAGUGUUUUUUUUCCCCCUCCACUCAGAGGAUGACAAAUUUCAAACCUGUUUAAUAUUUAUGAGCCAGAUACACUGCGAAUGUGAAGUGAAAUGGCAUUAUAGCCGAUUAGAAAACAACCCAAAACUCACAAAUUGAUGGAUGAAUAGAUACUUUUAUUAUCUGGUGAUGCGUUUUUUUCCCCCUCCCUCAUCAUUUUAAAAAUAGGUGAAUGUGAAAAAUCGAAACUGCAAAAUAAAUAGCAUUGAGCAACAUUUCCUGUCAACUCGGGGUUUGCAUUUGAUGAUGGCACCCGAUAACAGCAUUCUUCCUGAAUGCAAAUCACACAAAUGGAAAGUCGUGUCACCAAAUCUUCCCUCAUAGGCAACUUCAUUCAUUUAUUCUCGCGCCCGUAACUCCACAAUGAUCCAUGUGGCAUUCUUCUGCUCGUGUUUGGCCACUGGCUUUGCAGCCUCAUCUUACCUUUGGAUAGCGGACUGUAACCAGCCGGGUCUCGAUAACUGCACAAUUAAGUAUAACUGCACGGACACAUUCAAGGUGGUGCCCAGUCGCAGUGCUCCCACCGCACCUGAGUGGGGCCCAGACUACGUGGGAAUUGGUAAGGACCACCAUCUGUCCGUUCCCAUUAUGAAUGUGACGUGGAGGCUAAAAGCAGAUGCAAGUGUUCUGACACUCCAGGGGUCACAGUUGCGUAUUGUUGAUCAACAUACAAAUCAAAGCGUGUGUGUGCACUUCACUUUCAGUGUCGACCGGCAGCUCAAUCCCAAUUUUAGCAAGUGGGCAUUUUCGUUAUCUCGGGUGUCGGUGGAGGCCGGCCACACGUACACACUGACGGCGUCUAAUUUGCCGCAACCUGACGUUGGCGAUAACGCCAUCACAAAGCAAGUGACAGUACCAGGAUGUGACGACGAAAUAAUUCGAAACUCCCAGAUGUGUUUGGAAAAUGGUAGCCUUUGGGACGCUCAAGUCGCAACUGCUUUCUCAUUGGGGAAGCAUCAAAUGCUGUCGGUUUUUGUGGGCUUUGAGGCUGACAAGCAUUCCGACCUAUACCAGGUCUCCAUCCAGAGUGAUGGCAUCCAUUUCUCAAAGAGUGUGUCCAAGGAGAACAGAACAUCUUUAAACGUCACCUUUGGCCUGGAUCUGUCAAAGCUACUAAAAUGUGAACUGCUGAUAACAAUUAAGCCAUUUUUCAAACGAUGCGUGAAUAACGGCUGUCGUCUCGAACAAAUGAAUAUCAAUUACUGUUUGUAUAUCCCACCACGGAAUGCAGUGAUUAAGGGUGCAGUGGGGGUGGUCUUUGUUGGUGUUUGUUUUGCCUAUCUUCUGUGGGCUGCAUCCUACAAAGAUCUCGUCGGUAUGGCGUCAUCAGCUGCCGACCAACAACCGCAAUGUUUGCAGGUGCCAGAAAGAAAAAAAGUCUUCAUCCUUUACUCCCUUGACCACCCUUUAUACAAAAACAUCGUCCUCAAGCUCUCCGCCUUCCUGACGGCCAAAUGCGGCAUUGAGGUGAUCCUGGAUCUACUGGAUUCCACCCGACUGGGAAUACUGGGCCGCAUCCAGUGGCUGGACUGGCAGAGAGAACAAAUCGAAGGCUCUUCAGAUAAGAUCCUCCUCCUGUGCUCGCAAGGAGUGCAAGCCAAAUGGAGAGCCAUGUGCGGCGAGAAGCGGGUUCUCCUGAGGGAAGACCUGCACUCGCCCGUGGGCGACAUGCUCACUCCGGCUCUCGGCCUCAUCGUCCCUCAUCUGGUGCGCCGCGCUACCUUCGAGAAGUACAUGGUGGCUUACUUUGAAGACGUUUGUUCCCCGGAAGACGUCCCCUCGCCUUUCCACGUCACGGUUCGAUACAACCUCAUGAAGCAGUUCGAAGAGCUCUUCUUCAGAAUCCUGGAUGCCGAAAAGCACGGGCCGGGUAGAGUUUGUCACAUUGAAGGACUUGCAGAGGGUGAGUAUCACCGCUGCCCCUCAGGUCGAGCCUUGCAGGAGGCCUUAGGGGCUUUCCGGGAGUACCAGCUGAAGCACCCGCAGUGGUUUGAUGAGGAACUAGUGGAAGAAUUGGAAGUUGAGGAGUAAGUCCCAUCAUGUAGGAUGGUCUUUUCUACCUAUGCAUGCUUGACAGACGAUUAAACAGCAACAUACCAUACUUUACUCCUUUCACGAUAUUAGCUUUUGGCCAAUUAACUCAUUACCUGGCAGCUGAUUUCGAAACAGACUUCCCUAUUUAGCGCUUUUCAAGAUCCCACAAAAUCUUGUGUUCCGUAACAAUAGAAGUGAACUGAACCCACCAAAAGCAAGAGUCAACUCCCUUCUUUGGCCAGAAAUUAGGGGGCGGGGGGGAUGAUUUUGAGCUCUUUGCAUGCUUUAAUAAUAUACAGUCAAGCGUGUCAAGCAGAACAGUGACUCCAUAAAACAACAACAGCUAAAAAAUAUAUUAAAAAAAAAAGACAAAAUGAAUGUCGACUGAGAAGACAUUUUGAUCGUAAAAUAAUUCGUUACAGAUUGACAACUAUAAAACCGUGUCAGAAGCGACACUGACUCACCGCAUGUUUCAAAUUUAACCUCUCUUCCUUUUUUCACAUGCCGUUCAUCAUUCGCGUCAUGAGCUGCGAAUUAUUUUCCCUUGCCAUUUCCACCAUCUAAAGUGAUCUUUACUGUGGUUUACAAAUUCGGAUUUCACUGACAAGCUGCCCGAGACACUCUUGCACACCAACCCACUCAAAAAAAAAAAAAACAUACUGGACAAAAAUAUCUACGUCAGUGGUAGUCAAUGUUUGCAUUCCAUUUGGCAAAUCUAAAAGUUCAUGGCAGUGAAUGAGUUCGUAACGACUUCAUCCUUAUAAGAUUACAACUUUUCUUCCUGACAAAAUAUGUCUUUGUCUUUUUUUCUUCCUUCUAAACGUGACUCCUUUUUUUUUCUUGAAACAAAUGUUACUGUAACAUUCUAACUUUUUUUUCUCAAGCGUAGUCAACUUUUUAAAAAAUUCCUUUGGAAUUUUAGGGGUAUGUGUGAUAGUUCUGUUUCAUUCAUGUUCAGGGUGUCCUUGAAAAAAAAAAGUACUCUAUUUGAUUCCGAAGCAUCCUUGUUACCCAAAAAUGUUUUAGAACCCCUUGUUUGUAAUGAUGUAAAAUAAAAGGCCUCAGAACAUA